AUGUUUGUUGCCCCUGAAUCGACAGAGGAAUCUAGUGACGAAGAUGAAGUACGUGCUAUGGGAAAUUUAGAACCCAACGACCAGCGACAAUUAUUCCUCUCGUCCCAAAUUGUGAAGAAAGCUAUUGAGAUGUCUCCACGAUUAAAUGUUCCAAACCCCCCGUUAGCUUCCGAUCUCACAGAAGAUGCUGCACAAAAAAUUGUGCCAAUUGAACUGUUCAAUUUCUUGGCUUGGAUAACUGGUGUAUGCUGUGAACCAGUUUCUGCUAGUGAAAAAAAAUUGGUAGAGCUUGACAACGACACCGAACGUCAAAAGAUUUUGUCCAUCUGUCAGGACAUUAUCUACCUUAAGUCCAAAGGAAGAAGAAUCGUACCGAAGCAUCUUAUUCUUGGCCUUACAAUUCGACAUCUUACGGGCAGUUCAAAGUUAAUUGACAUUGUAUCAGGACUGGGGCAUUGUAUAUCCCCAAAGGCAGUCAUUGAUUACGACUCAGAUCUUGCCAGAUACCGUGCACAGCAAAGCAGUGUUAUACCACGUGGUUUUAGUGGGUCAUUUACGACAUGUGUAUUUGACAACAAUGACAUAAACGAAGAAACACUGAGUGGAAAAGGAACAACACAUUGCACCACUGGUAUAGUUAUUCAACGGAUGUCCGAAGCUUCUGUACUAGAUGAUGAAAAUCGUCACGGAAUUUCCAAGUCAAGAGGGAAACGAAGUAGACCUGUUGGUUUUGAUAACAUUUGCUACGUUCUAGCAAAAUUUCGCUGUGAUGAAGAGGAAGAAACACCUUUACCGUCAUGGAGUGGAUUUUUUACACAGCUCACAACGCAGGUUCCUGAGAAAAGUCGUAUUGGCUAUCUUCCAAUUAUUGAUGGCAGUCCCACGGAUCUUGGCGUCGUCAACGCUGUCCUCUCCCAAAGCAUAGACAUAGCAGACAAACUGAACCAAAAUUCCAUGGUUGUUGUCAUGGAUGAAGCUGUUUAUGCUAAAGCACAGUGGAUCCGUUGGACCAAAGGCAUGUUUCAGAGUCGAAUAGUACUACGCCUUGGUGAAUUCCAUGUCAUUAUGAGCUUUCUCGGAGUGAUUGGCAAACGAUUUCAAGACGGUGGUUUACGCGAUAUUCUCAUUGAAAGCAAUAUCAUCGCAAAAGGAUCUGUCAACGGUGUAUUGUCAGGAAAACACUACAACCGUAGUAUCAGAUCAAUGAAAAUCAUCUAUGAGGCAAUAUACCGUCUCGUUAUCACUGCCUUUUUAGAUUCCAUGUCCGUUGAUGAGAGAAAUUGUUUGGAACAUGUAGUACACGAUAUGAAGGCAGCUUUUAGUAAUGGAACAUUUACUGAAUUUGUAAAGAGUGAUGAUGUCCAAAAUUUCGUGAGAAAGUUACAUGAAUUUACCAGUGAAAGAGGGGGGUCAAAUCCAACCUUUGGUUAUUGGUUAAGUUUCCUUGAAAUGGUAGAUAUACUACUGGAAUUCGUAAGGGCAACUAGAGUGGGUGAUUGGUCCUUGCAUCUCAGCUCGGUUCGACGCAUGUUACCCUGGAUAUUUGCGUACGACCGCGUUCACUAUUCUCGUUACCUACCAAUAUACUGGUUAGAAAUGCUAAACCUGCCAACCAGUAAUCCAGAUAUUCAUGAGCAAAUGGUUGCUGGAAAUUUUGCAACCCAACGCACGUCUCAGCCAUUCAGUCAGACUCCAAUGGAUCAAACUCUCGAGCAGACACUAAAUAAGAAUUCCAAAACUAAAGGCGGUGUUAUUGGAUUCUCAAUUAACAAAUCUGCUGUCCACCGAUGGAUUAAAAGUUUUUCUGAUAGAGCAGAGAUUCAAUCUGUAUGUGAGAGUAUGGCUGGUCGCGGUAAUUGUACACGUCAGAGAAAGGAAAUGGAUAUCACACGGAGGCUAAAGGAUGAGAAAGCUGUAAAGAGUGUGAUCAAUACCAUAGAAGCAAUGACAAACCCAGUUUCCAUCGAGGAUGACGAGUUGGUCAACAUUGUUUCUGGCGCAAUUGCAUCACCGGAGGUCAAACACGAUAUUGCACGAGCCAAAACUGCUGGAGAGGAACAAUGCGCUGAGUACAUAGAUCUACGUCUGAAGAAAAAGGAGCUGGAUGUUUUUAACACAAUCAAAGCACUCAAACUAAAAACGUUCUCAUUAACGAGUAAGACGGUUAAGGCAAAAUCGGAAAAGGCGGUGUUACAAACCACAGCGAGGGAUCUUGCUCGAGUUCUGAUAGUCGCGAAGUUUAAUAACUUGGACUUCAAGUACGUGCUUUCUUAUCCUUUGUGUCCAGUACCAUUGUCGCUUGCCAACUAUGACGGAACGUUAGCCAAGACUGACAAGUCUGCUAUUGGUCGUCACCUAGAGAGCAAUGUUGAAGACGUAAGCAAUUCGAAUCGUUCUACUGCGUGGAUAAUUGAUGCCAUGGCUCUAAUUCAACGUCUGAAGAACAUUCCCAACACAUUCGAUGCAUUAUCCGCGGAAGUACUGAAGAGUGUGAUAGCUACAGCUACUCGACAUCGUUGCACCAGGGUCGAUUUUGUUACUGACCAAUAUCCAGAUUCAAGUAUUAAGGGUGCUGAGAGAGAGAGGCGAAAGGGAAAGGAUGCUUCUGUUAUCCGUUUAAAUGUUGACCAUGGUUCAAAGAAGACCCCAAAGCAAUUCAAGAAAUUCCUCUCGGUGGGGAAAAACAAGGAAAGCUUAAUCGAAUUUUUCUUUGAACAUUGGAAGACAGUCGAUCCAAGUUUUCUUCAAGGGGUUGAGUUGUACUUCGCCCAUGCCUGUCAGUUGUCACACAGUUUAAGGCGUCAGCAACGGUCUUGA